AUGAAAUAAUUUACCCUAAUCUACUAUGUGGUGCCACAGGACAAUGAUGAUGUUGAAAUUCCUAAUGCAUUCGGAAUAGGUAAACAAGUUGAUCAAAUCACCCUCAAAGAUAUUAAGACUAGCUUCCCACUUUAAGGAGAAUAUAUCUUUAGAUUUAGAUACAAAACAAGUCACAAUACAGUCUGGCUUGAUUUACCUACAGACACAGCCUAGAUUCCAUUAUUCAAUAGUCGCAUCUUAAUUAAAGCAACCAGAAUUAGUUGGGACAUCAAAAAUAAUUAGAAUUAAUCCACAUCAUCCUCACAAUAACUUAAUGCUAGUCCUCAAUAGUAGAAUCAAAAUCAGCCAGUUAUUUCAUAAGCUUUUGCAUAAUUUUAACAGCCGCAACAGAGUCAAUAACAACCAUAAUAGUAAUAAUAAUCGUCCCAAAACUAAAAUUUAAUUGAUUUUUGA